UUUUUCUUAAUUUCCACACCAAGAUCGAUCUAGAAAACAAAAUGGUGUCCCAUUUUCUGUCAUUACAAUUCUUGCUACUACUCAUCAUCCUCCAAUGCACCACCAUCACCACCACCGUAGCUCAGUCACUAGCACCGGCUCCCGGACCACCAGGCCCCACCAACAUCACCAAAAUCUUGGAAAAAGCCGGCCAAUUCACCACCCUAAUCCGCCUCUUUGAAAUAACCAAAGUGGGUGAUCAAAUCAAUACCCAACUCAACAACUCCAAACAGGGAAUGACUGUAUUCGCACCACCUGAUAACGCCUUCUCCAGCCUCAGUGCCGGAACCCUCAACUCUCUUUCCGACCAACAAAAGGAUGAAUUGGUUCAGUUCCAUGUCAUCCCCACCUUCAUCUCCAUGUCACAGUUCCAAACCCUCAGUAAUCCGUUGAGAACACAGGCCGGGGAUAGUACCGCCUAUAAGUUUCCGUUGGACAUUACGACUUCCGGCAACCAGGUGAAUCUGACCACCGGCGUUGUUAGUGCCACGGUGGCGAAUGCAAUCUACUCAGACGGUUCACUUGCUGUUUAUCAGGUGGACAAGGUGCUGCUACCCAUGAGCUUGUUUGGUCCGCCGGCUCCGGCAGCCGCGCCAGCACCUGAAUCUGGAAAUGAUAAGAAAAAGGACAAAGACGAUGAUAGUCAGUCUCCUAGCGACGAUAGUGCUAGUGCCAACUCCUCCGAUGCAGUUGAUUUGCGUCGUGAUUUGCAUGGGUUAAUGGGGGGAGCGAUUGCUUUCAUCGCUAUGUUUUAUUUGUGACAAUAGACGGUGGAGAUGAUGCCACGUCGGCAAUUUAAUAGAUGUGGGUCCGUUCUUUAGCAUGAUUUGUUUAUUGGGUGAUUGUGAUUAAGAGGGUAGAGUGAUAUGGUGUGUUGCGUGCUUUUUGAAUAAUUGCUGCGACCUUUGUAAUCUGUCGUCCAUUUUGUCAUUUGAAAACAUGUACCCAUAAGAUUGAAUGAAAUUCCGGUUUUUCAUCAUCACUUUUUCUAAAA